AGAGCGAGGGUUCGGCAGGACAGUGUUCAGAGGAGGACAGAACAGAGGAGUGCCUUGAACACUAAAACUACACAAACCUGUUUGUGGUCUAGGUAGGUGGGCACAGGAACUAUGGAAAACAGCAAGACAGAAGAACAAAACCAGGAAAUGGAGGAGGCCAACCUAGAGAUUUUUCAGCUGCAGUCCUUGGUGGCAGAGCUGCGUACGUUGCUGCAGGGGGUGUUACAGGACAUGGCUGCGCUGCAGCAGAGGGACAGCAGUCUGGAAGAGAGGGCUCAGGCACACCAGAGAGACCUGGAUGACAGGAUCAUGGGAAUCAGGAACUCGCUCAACACGUUUAAGGAGGACCUGAGCAGUGCUCUAACCCAGAUCAAAGAGGUUAGCAGCAGACAGAAAGAGCUACAGGAUGGCCUGGAGUUCCUCCAAUCAGAGAACAGCAGAGAGAUCCGGCCCAUUCAACAGAGAAAAAGCUCCAAAGGGGACUGCCAUGGGGAGGGCCAUGAGUGUCUCUCCAACCAGACAGAGCUCAACGUCAUCCAGCAUUACUUCGCCAGCCUGCCCAGCAUCUCUCCACACAGGAGCAUAGCCUCGACACAGACCUCUAACUCAGAGCAGGAGGCAGCCAGUGGCCUGCCCCAGAGGGGUCAGUCUAAGUCUCCAGUGUGGACAGAAUCGAAAGAGAGCCGGGACGACACGGAUGCACAGAGUGCCUCAGAAAACAAUAAGAGGCAGAUAGCUGCCCUGGAGCUGUUGGAGUCAGAGAGGGUGUAUGUGUCGUACCUGUCUCUCCUGCUGAAAGCCAACAUCACCUUCAACAGCACAGAGGACCUCCACACCAAAGACAAACGGCCAUUCCCCAGUUCUCUACGUUUCCUCAUCCAGCAACACCUGGAGCUGCUUCACACCCUGCAGGAGAGGGUGCUCAAGCGCCAGUGGCAGGGCAUCAUGGGAGAUGUAUUCAUGAGGCUCACCAGCAAAGAGAAUGAUUUCUUGGACUUCUAUGUGUCGUAUCUGAAGGAGCUGCCUGAAUGUCUGUCUGUGGUCAACAUGUUGACCACCACCUCACUAAAAGCAGCCGGCCUGUUUGAGGGUGACAUCAACGGGGACGAGACGACACGCCCCUCUCUCCACACUCUGCUUCUCCAGCCAGUGCAAAGGAUCCCUGUGUACCUUCAGCUGCUGCAGACUCUGUUGAAGCAGACGGAUGCAGAGCACCCUGACUACUACCUGCUGCUGGUGUGUAUCCAGCAGGUCAGAGCCUUCACCACCCAGUACGCCCACCUACUGCAGCACAACAAAGAGCUGCUCCUGCACAACCGCAAAGAGCUCAAGAGGUCAGCUUCUGAUCCAGGCUCAGAUUUUGUGUUUUGGUCAACUAUGAAGCAGUUCUUCAAAAAUGUGGACUGUGGUAACGUGAUGCAAGCCAAUGAGAUGGGCUCCCCUUACCCCACCAGCAACGCAAUACUCCUCUCCCUCUCCCCUCACAGAGAGCAUGGCAACCAGGUGAAACGCAGCAAGCAGAGGCACCUGGAGCAGAUCCAGUCUCGACGCUUCCUGGACUGGGAGAGCGAGGCUCACCACUCCGACUCCCCCAUCCCAUUUUUCUCCCCUGACACCAACCCUCGCCUCAAACCCCCAGGCCUGCAGAGUAUCCCUGAGAUGGGGUCAUCAGAGCAGCUGCCUGGCAAACGGCUGACCCCGGGCUCAGUCCUGUCCGAUGCUCAAGGUGAGUUCCUUCGCCCCGGGGACCCUCCAGGCUUGGAGGGGCUGUAUGAGGAUGUGGACUCGUCCCUCCACAACGUGUCCCUGUUCGACCACUACUCCAGUGCUUCGUCCGACUCUAGUAUCGACAUCGCCUUUGUGCGCUGCCCUAAGAGCCAUCAGGCUGUUCGCGAGGUCUACAACAGAGGGGGCAGCCGGGGGAGCAGGUACAAGCUGCCUGGCCGGGGUCGCGUGUCACCAGACGAGGCCCAAAUGAUGCAAGCUCACCACCACCGCCCCCUGCAGGCCGCUCAGUGUAAGAGCAAAUCCCUGAACGGGUUGCAGCUGGACAGCACUGUGAGUGGGGACAGUGGCCCCGGACAUCUGUCUGACCACCUGAGGGACCACGGGGCCCACCAACAUGCCAAGCUAGAGAGGCAGUCCAGUAAUAAAUAUCACCCACGCAGCAGCAAGGGCCAGAGCAGCAACAACAGCCCCAUCAGCCCCCCGCAGCACAAAGCAGAGCCAGAAAGACAGAUAGCAGCCACUGACAAGGAGCUGCAUAACAACCACAACAAGGACUCUGGGAGCCCACCCUGGGGCGAGGAGCCAAGAUGGAAGGCUGAGGCGAAUUACCACACCCCCUUCAGUGAGAGGAGCCGGAAACAGGAGAAGGGAGGCUUCCGUAGCUCCUUCAAGAAGCUCUUCAAGAAAAAGUCGGGGGGAGGAGAGAAAGACAAGACAGACAGCCAGAACUCUAGUGAUCACGAGGCAGGCAAGACCCCAAGAGUCACCCACCUAGGCAUCGAACGUGGGACUGCCGUGUGAAAAGUGUGACUAGUGUCACCAGCAGAGAAACACAUUGCUCUGAGAAAGGCUUCAAAUAGGUGCCAGUGAAAUUCUAGGGGUAUAUAGACAGUGUACAAAGCAUUAGGAACACCUGCUCAUUCCAUGACAGACUGAGCAGGUGAACGCUAUGAUCCCUUAUUGAUGUCACUUGUUAAAUCCACUUCAGUGUAGAUGAAGGGGAGGAGACAGGUUAAAUAAGGAUUGUGUAUGUGUGCCAUUCAGAGAGUGAAUGGGCAAGACAAAAGAUCUAAGUGCCUUUGAAUGGAGUAUGGUAGUAGGUGCCAGGCGCUGAACUGCAGCGCUGCUGGGUUUUUCACACCCAAGUUUCCCAUGUGUAUCAAGAAUGGUCCACCACCCAAAUGACAUCCACUGUGGGAAGCAUUGGAGUCAACAUGGGCCAGCAUCCCUGUGGAAUGCUUCCAACACCUUGUCGAGCCCAUGCUCUGGCAAAUUAAGACAAUGUUUUGAGGGCAAAACCCAAUAUUAAGGUGUUCCUAAUGUUUUGUACACUGUGUACAGUGCAAUACAAUCUAUGUAUAUAAAACAUGCUGGAAGACCAACAGACAUUGACCUACUGUAAAAAUGCUUUAUAGGUUUCUUCAUUUUUAAGUUAGUAGUUUCCAAUUUGAGAUCUCUUCAAUAUCAAUGGAGAAAAUAUAUUUUACAUACAGUAUACUCAUUAACAAAAUGUGCCAUCAAGAAAAUCUCUAUCCCCAAAUCAAAAUAGAAUGUAAAUUGUGACAAGA